GCAGGUACGCCGAAUCGGGAUGUACGGAAUUAGAGUAAGAAAAACAAACAAUUUUGACAGUGUGGUACGGAACCUGUGAGGGUAACGUUACGCCAUUUUAGAAACGCUGCAUCGUAAAUAAUGCAAAAACAAAACUAAAGUUUGACCCCGUGUGUUUAGGAAUAUAAACCAGAUUGGGUAACAGUUUUAUAAAAUUAAAAAAAAAAAUAGAAUUUACCGUUGGGAGCAACGAAGAAUGCGAGGCUGGUCUUCUUUUUAAAUUGUAUUAUAAUUUUUGUUUUGUUCUCAUAUAGCAACCAAGCAAGAAAACAACAUAUAUAUGGCGAAAAAUAUAUAUAUAUAAUGAAGCCAGGCGGGUUUUUUUUGUUCAAAACAAAAUGACAUCUAUUAAAAUGAAUUUUUAGACGAGACGUAAUUUUGUAAUUUGAGUGGACCGCGGCUGACGUAAUUAUUUACAGUAACUAACGGCGGAUUUCGCUGCGUGGGGUCUUCUUGUGUCGUGUUUAAUAUUAUCUAUAUUAUAAAGAUGGCGCUGGUGGGGGGAGAGGUAGAUGAAAGGACAGGAUCUGAAUUUAAACCGAUACCGGUUUUUGGAGCUGGAAAUGUCGGCCUGCGGAGCCGACCCGGGUCCAGCGUACAGGACAGCCAGGUCCGAGUGUUCAAAUCAUCACUGGUCGAGAGAUUAGGACCCUACGAGCCGGUCGUGACCUGGCUGCAGUCGGUGCUGUUGUGGGAAAAGCCCUUGCACAGCGUGUUGCUGUACUUGUUCGUCAACGCUAUAUUCUGGUUUUUCGCACUGACGUCUCUGCGGUUGGUUUUUCUGCUUUCCUUUGGCCUGACUGUCGUAGUGUGCAUAGACACGUGGAAAAACAAAAUCUGGCCUCAAAUCCGAGUCAAACAGCCAGAUGAAUAUGACAAUGAAAGCUGGGGCCUUGUACACCCAAGACUGCUCAGCGUGCCAGAGCUUUGUCACCACAUGGCAGAGAUAUGGGUCUGUGGAGCAUCUUUUGCACGAAACUUGGCGCAUUUCAAACAACAUAAUCCUGGCAAGUUUUGUCUUUUAGUCUGUGGAUUCUUUACGUUCUUGGCAGGGCUGGGUCGCUGUAUUCCAGGGUUUCUGCUUUCCUACUUAAUUUUGCUGUCCGUUCUGCUGUGGCCCCUGGCAGUGUAUCACAGUCUCGGCCAGCGAAUCCGUAACCGGCUGGAGCCUGCCCUUCUACGGCUAGAUUUCAGCGUCCGUGGAUACAUGAUGUCGAAGCAGAAAGAAAGGCAAAUGCGUCGUAAACCAUUCAGUCAAGAGCCUUUGGCAGAUGGAAGUGACAGUGAAGAGGAACUGGCUGCUUUUUGUCCAAAGCUUGAUGAUUCACUGGUGGCUAGGGAGCUGGCAAUCACUGACUCAGAGCACUCAGAUGCUGAAGUCUCUUACACAGACAAUGGGACGUUUAAUCUGUCCAGGGGACAAACGCCACUCACAGAGGGAUCAGAAGAUCUGGACCGCCACAGCGAUCCUGAAGAAUCGUUUGCCAGAGAUCUUCCAGAUUUUCCUUCCAUCAAUCCCGACGCCACCCUGCUGGAUGACGAUGAUGAUACCAGCAUUGGGAUCCCCAAUGUGCCCUACAGAUCCCUGACCCAGGAGGAAGCGCGCUUGUACUCGGACCAAGAAGAAAUCGAUACAGAGCUGUCCCUUAGUGGGCUUCUACCUGCACACGACUUCACCAGUGACAUUGCUGGGAUCAUAGCCAGCAACAUGAUUCAAGCAGCACUGGCUGGAGCUGUCCAGGGCCCUCCCAGGAGAGACAAUCCCCAGAGGGCGCCCCCGAGAGGUUACCGCAAGCAGUCCAGCUCUGAACUGGACACUGAUGUGGAAGGGGACGAUUUCGAAAUGCUGGAUCAGUCGGAGCUCAGCCAGAUUGAUCCUACUGGGUCUCAGAGCAGAGGGGGGGGCCAGCAGCAGCAGCAUUCCGCUUCAGGAUUUCUAUCCAACCUCCUGAGGAAACAGUAACAUGUUUUCAACACGUGUGGUGUACAGUAAAUGUCCAAAUAUCAUUGUGCUAUUGUGUGUGUGAUGAUCGCCGUGGUGACCAAACUCUCUCUUGGUCACGUUUUCUUGUCACUGUGAAGUACAAAGCAUAAUCGCUUUGUUCUCCUACCACCACUCCACAAAAGAAAUUAGAAAACAAAUAAGGCAGAAAUGAAAUAGUAGGACAGUCAUGAGAUUUGUCUGUGACCAGGGAUGUAGUAGGACCCCACUGAUAGGAACUGCGAGUCCCCCAGUCCCAUUAAGUAAAGUAAUUGGCGCAGAUACCUUAUCAUAGUUAAAUUUAGGUAUCAGCAAGGAACCAAUCAUGCAUGUCUGUAAUGUUUUUACUUAAUCAGGUAUCAUUUCUAGGGUGUGUUUGUAACAUUUUUUUUUUAAGAUAAUCUGGCAGCACACACAAGCCAAUAAGAGCUUGAUAGCAAAUGGGGACACAGAGAAACCCUUUGAAGUUUACUUCGAAGCCUGACUUGUUUUAAACUGAUCAUAUUUCUAUACGAGAACCAAAAAUCACGUGCCCCAUUUAAAGACGAUCUCUUGCUUAUGUGAGAAUCACACUGUGCUGAAACGGAAUAGUAGAAAUUAUCUGACUUUUUCUUUCCCUGUAAAAUGAUAGCCUUAGUGGUAAAGAGAAUGCAGUCUGGGUCUAGAUACUGCCCCCCUUAGGAAUGUGGUUAUAGGUGAACAUCACCACUCAAGAAUAAACUCUGGGUGUAUACACUUUUGAAGUCUUCUAACUAGUAUAAAUAGCAAAGACUACAGCAAGACUUGGCUGUAGGCCAUACAGGAGGCUGAGAAUAGAUUAAUACAGUAUCUAACCCAGAUAGACCCCCUGAGCCACAUUUGUAUGACCUGUUUAUCCAUUGUACUGUGUUUGCUUGGUGAAUCUCCCUCUUGAAUGAGUCUUAACACUUGGUGUGUGUUUCUGUAUUUCUGUGUGUACUUCUGUGAAUGCACUUUCUGAAAAACUGACAUUGAUUACACUUUAUUAAACAUUCAUAUUAGUAAUAAAGUUGCAAUAGCAUUAUUAAACAUCAACGUAGUAAUACAGGUGCAAUAUUAACCUUUGCAUUUCUUGCAUAUAUACAGAAGGACCAAUCAUGUCGCACUUAGAUUUUGAUAGAUUUUGUGGUUUGGGAUUUUUCCACAUGCUUAUUUAUGCAAGUGCUGAAACUCUUGCUGUGCAGAGUUUGUGGGAUGUUGAAAUUUGCAGUCUCCUUAUUUGCACAGCUUGUUUAUCUAUUUCUGGUUGACUCUUGGCCCUUCUGAGUCGAUUAACCUGAGCCUGUGUAGAAGUGAGCUCAAUUUACAUGUGGAAACAUCCCUUCCCUUUUUUUUUAGUUUAGAAUGCUUUAUUAUAUUAACAUAUUGCAGUGCUUCUAUUCAGCUUACUUGCAAUAAAGAGUUGCCUUAUAUUAUUGCAUUUUAAAAAGAUGUCUCAGCUUGCAAAGGUCAGUACAAUAAGUUGCUUACUGAUAGCAGCAAUUUGCAAAACCGUAAACAUAGCAUACCUAAAAAAAAAAACCCAGGCAUACUGCAGUAAAGUGUCAUUCCAAUGUAAAUCCCCAGCCAAGUGUUGUCCCCUUAGCGAAUGGCAGAUGCACAGCAAUAUUAAAAAGAAAAUGAAUUGAGUCAAAUAAUUUCCUAUACAUGCUAUUCCUGACUUUUGAAUAUGCCUGUAUAUUCUACUACUGUUGUACCUGCCACCUCAAGGGAGAUCAGACCAGCUGAUCUAGCUUGCACAAAUUAUUUAGUGAUUGCAAAGAUGUUAUUUAAAUCUAAAGUGCAAACCUGACCUAUUGCAUUAUUGUGCAUGACCUAUUGGUUACCAUCCUUUUUCCCUUGUACAAUAUUGCUACUGAAAAAGAUGUAGAAAACUCUUUUUUUUGUAUUUUGUCUUUAUAGGUAUGCACAACAGAAUAACUUGCAAGUAUUAGAAGCUGAAAGUUGAGAUGUGCAAUCAAUUAAUAAAGAUAGCAAUUAAGCAGUUUAUUAGCAUAUAAAGCAUUUUUCUUCCUCCUUUUUAAAGGCUUGUCUUAAAAGGUGUCACUUUGGUUAAUUGAAAUAAAUUAUUUUAUUAAACAAGUCUAUUUAAAUAUGAUGCAAAGCUCAGAAUACAAAGUUCUGCUGGGUCUUCUAUAUAUUCAGAGCAAAUACUUUUUUUGUUCUGUGACUUAUCAGUGUAUAUUGUCCUGUGAUGAAGGGUAUUCUUAAAUCAUAAUUGGCAAAAGGGUGCUCUUCAUGUUGUAGGAUAUUGGUGAGAAACAAAAAAAGUUCAUUUUUUGUUAUUUGUUUUUUGUUUUUUAUAGCAAUAAGGUGUGUUGUGUGUGUUUUUUUUGUUUGUUUUAAAGCAUGUUGGUUUAUAGCACUUUGCUACAAGAUCAUUGACCCUUAACAGAACCCUUAACAAAUGAUACCCUGCUCAGAAUAGAAGUAUAAUUUAGAGAAUGCUCACUCAAUCUAUUCUGUAACCCGAUAAUGUUGCUGAUGAAGGUCUGCUUAACCUUUCCUGUAUAUAGCUGAUAUUACUGCCAGGAGCUCCUGAAUUCUCAGGGGUAAAAGGGCUGAAAUGAUAUUCCUGAAUUCUGGCUAUUUUUUAGUCUUGGUGGAUUUUGGUUUCUGUACAGUAUUGACAGUGCUGUGGUGCAAUUUGUACUUGCAAGUAGGCAUGUCUGCCCCUAUUCUUAACUGACAGCAGCAGGAAAUAGCUAUGUACUAGAGCACUAUAAAUGUGUAUUUAAUUGAGAAUAUUUGUUAACCAUUGAUCUGCUUGAAUCUCAAUAGAAGCAAAUACACAUGAGUCUACUUGCCAGUCCAAGUGUUGCUAAACUGCAUUCUCUCCCUGAUGAAGAUGACAUCCGUUUAGAAUGCAUAUUUACAUACAAUGUUUAUUAAGAUGUCCUUUUUUAUUAGGAAUUGUGUCUAGUAGAUCCUUGUGUUAUUUGUCUACAGGAAUAUUCCAGCAACUUGUGUUGAAUACAUGUCACGACGUAUAGCUGUUUUAAACUGUGAUGCAUUUCAUAAAAGAAAAAUUUUGACUUGAUGAAAAAUCAGGACAUUUUUUUUUUUCAAAUCAUCAUAAAAAGUUUUCAUUUUAUAUAAAAAAAAUAAUAAUAAUUAAAUGAGCCACAAUCAUGACACAGACAAAUAUCUGGAUCAAAAGAGAGAAAAAGCUGUAAUAAAAAAUAGCUCUUUUUUAUUGUGUUGUAUAAAAAAAAAAAUAUGUUUAUUAUUCAGUGGUUGAUUGAUUAUUUUAUCAGAAUAGAGCUGCAGUUUCACUGCUUUCCCGGGAGAUUGCUUGUUAAAAAUCCUGUGAUUUGAAGUCAGUGACUAGAUUUAAAAUAUUGCAUAAGCAAUGCAAACUCUAUUUGUUAUUAAAAACAAAAAUACAGGAUGCAUCAGAAAACCCAUUAAAAAUCGCUUGACAAGCAAUCGUUGAUACAAGGUGUGCUGGCUGAUUUAGAAGUGUGAUAUCUACAGUAAAUGUGUAAAAAAAAAUGUAACUGAUUUUUUUUUUCUUUUCUGUAAUUGGUUUUUGAUAUGUUUAGAUGUGGAACCCUGAUUAAAGACUUGUUCGGUGUA